AUGCACGAGGCUGGCGAAGAAGGCGAAUUUGAAAGUUACGAAAGUUUAACGACCAUAACCGAUCCACAGGAAGAUCAUAAGUUGGAAUCGACGGUCAAAGAUACGGAAAGUCUCGUACGGAUUACGCAAGAACUCGUAAAAAACGUACAACGGGAACUCGGUUUGAUCAAACUAUGUUGGCCAGAAGUUGACUCGAGAAAGGAACUUUACCUGAAGACGAUUCCCAGCAGCUAUCGUACCCUCAGCGGUAAGGAGAGGGUGCUCGCGUGGUACGCAGAAAACUUUCGACAACAAUUUCAUGGGAAAUACCCGAAUCGAAAGCCGCUUCUCCUCGUCUGCGAAAACGAAUGCGGCGUGCAAAAAUUCGUGUCUACGACUAUCAGACGAAGUACGCUGCCAUAUCCGGAACUGUACACGUGGCAGGGGUGCGGAAAAUUCGUCAGCGACUAUAUCGAGUACGUGCCGCUAGACAAAGCACUCGGCAUGGUAAGUAGUCGAACGUGUCACACUUCAUCGAACGUCUUACUUCGUAAAGCUAAGCGACGAAGGUCCUUAAAUAUAUAUAAUAUAUAUAUAUAUAUAUAAUUUCUCAU